AAUGGAUCCCCAAAUGGAAAGCAGAAAGCGCAGAAAUAGCUUUAUGAUCUUGAAAGAGUUUAAUGUUAUUAAGAACAUACUCAUGCACUAUGGAUACACUCAUCAGAUCAUGCUCUUUAUGAAAUUGUUUUGUAAAAACACCAAGUCGAUGAGUGAAUCAUUCCAAGACCAAUUGUUGAAUUCCUUCAAUGAAGUUUGAAGGGAUACUUUCUGCAGUGUAAAGGAUAUCCAGAGAUAUAGAGAUAAUACAGAGAUCAAGAGACAUAAGUUUCUCCUCAAGCUAUUCAAAACAUACUGAUAUUUCCCAAUCAAUAAUGAGAAUAUUGACGAAGCCAUAGAACUCCUUUGCUUUAUUUCAGAUGGAGGGUUGGCAAGACAUUUUGCACAAAUAAUCUUCCAUAUUGAUGAGAAUUUGAAUGAUGAAUCGUAUUAUCUCAUCAAAAAGGACAUAGAAGAUAUUGACGGACCUAACAUCACUAAUUAUUGGCUAAAUGCUAGACAGAAGAAUUUUAUUUACCUCAAGCAUUGUGAAGAGCUUCAGGUGAACACUCACAACUUUGAGCAAUGAGAGAUGUUUUUGAAUAGCAAAAUGCUGAACCUGGUUGAUUCCUUCCCUCUUCCUGAUUUGCUCAAAGGAGAAUACUUCACAAUGAAGAAAGCAAGUAUUGACUAUAAUUAUUGCAAGAAAGAGCUGCCAGAAAAAUUAGAGGAGUUCUCCAUCUGCCCUCUUUUAGAGGAGAUCACCUUAACAAAAUUUAUAGUCAGCAUGAUAAACGAAGAAGAUGCCUUGAGCUUCUUUAUGGAUUUUAGACAAAAGUUAGGUCCCAUCAAAUUGAUUCUACAAUGUUUUGAUCACGGUGAACUCAUCCGUACCUUUAAGUUGCUACAGGAUUAUGAGAUGAGGUUAGAUCAGAUCCUUGAAGUAACCAGGCCUUUGUUGCUAGAUGAAUAUGUGCACAGCACAAUUUCUGUUAAUAAUUGACUCCUGUUAGGCAAAAAUAACAGCUUGACAACAUUAGAAAGAAACGGGGUUAAUGACUCAAAUAUCCAGAUAAACUGAGUAUAUAUCGAAUUCGAGAUGAGAAAGGUAAUUAUUCAAGGAGACUUCAUCAUCUUCUUGGAUGCAGAAAUCACAAGACUUGUUGCAAACAAAUUUGAAUCUGAGGAUAAAAUCAUCCUUCCAAAGGAUUCUGGAACGAAAAUUAUUAAUCAAUCAGAAAUUACCCAUGUAGCAGUAGUUACUACCAAAGAAAGUCUUUACUCCACUCCUAUUUGGGAGAAGAUUAAAGCAAACCUCGUUGCAGGAUUCUCUCCUCAAGUCAAUGCUGAUCUUAACUAUGAAUUUAAGUUUGAAAUUAAAUAAAUUCGAGGACUUCAAGACUCUUUGCAAAUACAGAGUUGAUAAAAUGAGAUUAGAAGUGAACCUCUCUGUCUGGACAAAUUUAGGUGAACUCUCUGUCAUUAAGGAUCUCCACUCAGCCACAGAAAUAGAAUUAGUCAUAAUUGAUGAUGCAAUGUGAGAAAAUUUUACCCAAAGCAACAAUAUCACUAAGGUUACAAGAAAAGAAGAAUUUGAGGCUGAAAAGGCAAAGGAUUUGUUGAUUAUUCUUCUUUUCUUUGGUGAAAAAAAUCUAAAGACUCUCACUUUCCAAAAUGAUAUCACUUAUGCCAUCUGGCCAGCUUUACUAUGAUUUAAGGCAAAGACCCUGAUAGACCUGUCCAUCACAACAGAAUGAUAUGAGUUUCUAGCAGAAUUUCUUGAUUUUAUUGAUGAUUUCCCAAAACUAUCCAAUCUUGAAAUGGCAAUAAAGCUUAAGAACUCAGUCGAGAGGUAUGAAAUAGAGGGAGAAAUGAGGAUGAUUAGCUCAAAACUGAAAUCAAAACUAAAACGCCAUAUAAUGAAGCUCAAUUCCAAAAUUACAUUUAAUAUUCAAUAG